GGUCUUGAUAGAAGAAAAAGGCUGGCAGAUAUGCGUGUUGUCAUCACCCAACACUUUACUGAGAGAACGGUGACCCCGGGUGGCGAUAUCAGCAUGCAAUGCGCAGCCACCGGCGACCGGCCUCCUCAGUUCGUGUGGGAGAGAGACGGCAUUGUCGUAUCUAGUAACACAGACCCAAGAUACGCACUAGGUCAAGUGAUGACGUCAGAUAACUCAGUGGUUGCUCAGCUGAAUAUCACGCGAGUCAGAGUGGAGGACGGAGGUCUAUAUACCUGUACUGCAAGGGAGGGAGACCAUGUCGCUUCUCAUGAGAAUCGGCUGGAUGUCUAUGGUCCGCCGUACAUCAGGUCUCUUCCGCCAAUCAAAGUUCAAAGUGGAGAAUCAGUCAACUUGAGGUGUCCGUUUUAUGGAUAUCCUAUAAGCAAAAUCGACUGGGAGUUCCAAGGCAAGCUGUUAACUUCAAACGCCAUAUUCCAGUCCAGAUACAAAAGGUCCCACCCAAAACGAAAAACUAGACGAAACGCACCAAGCGUGAACAUUAAUGGAAUCCUCUCUAUUCCCGAAAUUUCUAAAGAAUUAAAUGGUGCUAUUUAUACAUGCAUAGUUACUAGUCCGUCUGGUGAAAUGGCGAGAAGAGCCUUCGAGAUCCAAGUGAUAGAAGCUCCUGUAUUGGAUGAUCUGCUUCUUGGAACCAACCUCCAGGAAGGUCAGAUUGUAAACAUAUAUUGUAACGUCAGAACUGGUGACUUGCCAAUACAUUUUGAAUGGCUGAAGGAUGGAAAGAGGAUUUCUAGUAAUUUGAAAGUAGUGGAGAGAAACUCGGAGCUCUUCAGUGCCCUGGUAAUUAAGAAAGUCUCCCUGGAGCACUGUGGCACAUACACGUGUGUCGCGUCCAACCACGUGGCCAAAGUCAACAGAUCCACUGAACUAUACAUUAAAGUUGCACCCAAAUGGUUGGAGGAACCGAACAACUCCUCGCUUCUGCUCGGUAGGAGAGGAGCAGUGUCGUGCAGUGCUAGUGGCUACCCGCAGCCACAAGUCCACUGGAUGAAGAAAGAUGCUCUCCUCGGCACAUGGCAACCAGUCCUGGAGCUGGCUGGCGGUGGUAUCGUCAGUUUGCCAAACGGAACCCUCAUUAUAGAAGAAGUAUCUCUCACUGACGAAGGCCUGUACUCCUGCAACGUGGAGAAUGGGGUUGGACAACCGCUCAGCAAGUCUGUGUGGAUGAGUGUUAAUAAACCAGUCCACUUCGAAUCAUCGUCAGCGAAUGUGACGUCAAGACUUGGUCAUCCAGUCACAUUAGAAUGUCGACCACUUGGAGACGAGCCAAUCAGGGUAACUUGGAUGCAUGAGGGAAACGCUCUGGAUUAUAUUAAUCAGAGAGCCAAAAUAUCAGAGACAAAGACUUCUCUUGGGGUGGUCAAUACCAUCAACCUUCAGUAUUCAGAGAUCGGUGACGCAGGACAGUAUCAGUGCAGAGCUACCAAUCCGUAUGGAACUGCCACUUUUAGUGUACAGCUUACUAUAUUGGAGCCGCCCACGCCGCCGUCGGACGUCCGCGUGGAGUCGGUCCGGUCCCGCGCCGCCACGGUGUCGUGGCGCGGGCCGCGGGCGCGGGCGGGCCACUACACGCUGCAGUACGCGCACGCGCACUACAGCGACGCCGUCUGGGAACAUGCCACCACUGUUAAUGUUACCAGAAAAGACCAAGAGCUCCGUCAGUCAGUGGAACUGCAGAAUCUGCGACCAGCUACCCCGUACGCCGUCCGCGUCGCGACGGGCAACCAGGUCGGCGUCUCGCAGUACACCGCUCCCGUACACUUCACUAUGCAUGAAGAAGCUCCAUCAUCAGCCCCAAUCAACGUGCAAGUGGAACAGACGGAGAAUCCUGGCGAGCUCUACGUGUCGUGGUCUCCACCACUCAAGGAGACGCACAAUGGUGUCAUCAUGGGGUACCAUGUCAAGGCUGUGGCACAGAAUGUUGGAUCAGUUUCAGAUGAAACUGAUACACGAACUAUCAAAGUAUCACAACUUUUGGGGAAACAAGAAACUUUACUCAGUGGACUGAUGAAGAACACAAGGUAUUCUGUAUCUGUGGCAGCGUUCACAAAUGCUGGUUCAGGACCCUUCUCCUUGCCAGUCUUUCAAGAUACGAGAGAAGGAGCACCAGAACAAGCUCCAUCUUCAGUGGAGUGUACGGCUGUCUCCUCUACAUCAUUGAGGAUUGGUUGGCAGCCCAUCGGUGUACCUGGACAGGGUAGCUCCCUUGUAGGGUACACCGUACUGUUUGCUACUGAAGAAGCAGCGUGGCAAAAUCAGACAUCUUUGCAUACUGAGCUCUACUUACAAGGCCUGCUGAAGUACACAAAUUACACCGUCAAGGUCGCCGGCUUCUCCAACUUCGGAGCUGGUCCAUACUCCUAUCCAAUUGUUUGCGCUACUCUGCAGGACGUGCCAGGUCCACCGGCGGACAUCAAAGUCCUGGUGCUAUCCUCGUCAUCACUACUCGUCAGCUGGAAAAGACCUCUUCAUCCAAACGGCGAACUCCUGCAUUAUACUGUCUACGUGAAGCCUACGUCCAGCAAUGGUCCACCACAGACAUUCCGCAUAGACUCGGAAGGUCGUUCGACGGCUGAGGUGAAGGACCUAGCCCCUGGGAGAACUUAUGAAGCUUGGGUCACAGCUAGCACGGCGGCAGGAGAAGGCAGUGCUACCAGAAGGGUGUCUCAUACUCCUACACAUAGAGUGGUGGCGGGAGUGGCUUCUUUAGGUGGGGUGGUGUCAGUAGGAGUGGGCAGCUCCCUGCUCCUGGUGUGCCAGUGCGUGGGCGCGCCUCCGCCGCGCACGGUGUGGUACCACAAGCACAACAUCAUCACGCACCAUCCCAGGUUCACCAGAAACCAUGACGACAGCUUGUUGAUUAAUAACAUAGACCAAUCUCUAAGUGGGAACUAUACCUGCCUAGCAAAGAACCUCUACGGGUCUGACUCAGUAGAAUACACGGUGAUUGUUCUACCUUUACCUGAAGCUCCUAUACUUCGAGCAACUCCGUACAAAGACUCGAUACUGGUGGAAUGGGAGCAGCCAUACUAUUCUGUCAGUAAUAGGAGUUCUAGUCAGAAGAUUAGUUACAGUCUGACAUGGAAGGAAGCCAACAGUCCAUGGAGAGAGGCGUGGCCAGCGAACAAAUUGCCCAACCUAUCGGGAGUACAGAAACAUGCUCUAACUGGCCUCAAGUGUGGCACUAAAUAUUCUUUGCGCAUUACUGCCACGAAUAAGGUUGGAACAUCACAACCUGCUUAUUUGGAUGUCAGUACUUUGGGUGGAGUUCCAAUACCACCAUCAACAAACGACUGGUUAUGGAGCAACUCCUCACAUAUAUACGUGCAACUAGCUGGCUGGGACCAUGGAGGCUGUGCGCUGAGGGUCUUAGAUGUGGAGUAUAAACAGCUUGGAGGCAGAACCUGGACUAGAGCUCAUAAUAAUAUGCCCUACUCAGACCUCUCUUCAUGGAGUCUCCAAUCUUUAUACCAAACGAAGAUCCCAACAUUUGCGAUCUCAGACCUGACUCCUGGCACAUGGUACCAGCUGAGAGUGACUGCUACCAAUGAGGCUGGAAGCGUCACCACUACUUAUAGUUAUGCUACAAAGAAUGAAGAUGGAAGUGAAGUCGGUCCUCCAUCGGAACUCUUCGACUUAAAUAUGCUGGUCAUCAUUUGCAGUUCCAUUCUCCUCACCAUCUGCCUUCUUAGUUGUAUCUACAUACUUAUGAAGAGACAAAGGACUGGCAACUUAACAGAAUACCGAGACUCUAUAACCGUAGACAAUAAAUCAGAGAGCGGGAACCUGACGGCGAAUACGUCACACACCAAUUUGGCAAAUGUGAAGGAAAACGCAAUCAACGCACAGAAUAGAAUAUACAGCGCUCCUAUACAUCUGAGGAAUAAUACCAAGCAUGAAUUAUACGAGAUAAGUCCAUACGCGCAGUUCGCAGUUGGCUUCAGAACCUUCGGCCAUGUUGAAAACCAGGACAUGCCGAGUCGACAUACGAAACAUAGAUAUGAUACAGAAACGAGUUUCCAAGUAUGUUCAGAGUCUGAGGACAGCGAUAGCAUAUCAAAGUCCACAUUAAAAAGUGUGCCGAGAAAAGCCUGCAGAACACCACAUCAUAGGUAA